AAUGAAAUAUGCAAUAAUACAUGUUAGUCCAGUUUCAUUACAUAAUGAAUGUUUUGCUUGUCUUAGGGUCCAUCAUGGCAGUUGCCCAUGUGUCUAUGCCAGGUACCACAGGAACCUACCUGGAAUUUGCUGACUACAGUCUCUAUAGCAACCUGUCUGAUAAUGAGCUCAUGCAGCUGGCAAUCGAGCGGAGCCUUUCUGAUGCCCAGAGCUCUGGGCCGGGGUCAGAAAACUCUAAUAACCCUGCUGCUCUGAACAUGCCAGCAUCAUCAUGCCAAGCUCUACCAUCAUAUCGUCGUCCCCAGCAGCAACUAGAACCAUCUGUGUGUCCUGCCAAUCCACCCAGCGAAAAAAUAAAUCCACAGGGUGUGUGUUCGGUGAGUCACUUUGUGACUGGUUCUGGCAAGCGAAUGGUGGCGUAUCGAAGAUAUGAUGGAACUAUGGAAGUCGCACCUGAGCCUGAAGAGGACAUUGAGCCUAUUGUUAAGGCCAUUUUGGACGAUGAUGUAGGAACAGUGAGGCUAUUGGUUAAGCAACCCAGUUGCAACCUUCUUACACCAAAUAAAGAUGGAUGGAUUCCUUUACACGAGGCGGCAUAUUGUGGACAAGAUCAAUGCAUUAAAAUUCUCCUGAGAGCUCAACCUGGCAUGGUUAACCAGCGCACUUUGAAUUGGAAGACUGCUUUAAUGUUAGCUGUGACCAUGGAACACCUUGCAUGUGUGAAGAGUCUUCUGGAGAAUGGUGCUGAUCCUGAUAUUGCCAAUAUGGAGAGGGAGACUCCCCUUUACAAAGCUUGUGAGAAGGAGAACCCAGCGAUGGUUGCCAUGUUAUUGAAUUACGGCGCCUCUGUGAAUAAGAACUGUAUUCAAGGCUGGACCGCUCUCCAUGAGAGUGUUUGCAGAAACAAUGUGGAAAUCUGUGAGAUACUAGUGAAAGCUGGAGCCAAAGUCAACAUGCCCAACAUGUACGGAAUUACUCCUAUCUUUGUCGCUGCCCAAAGUGGAAAAGUGGAUGCACUUCGCAUGCUUUUAAGAAAUGGUGCAGAUCUCAACAGCCAGGCCGCAGAUGGAGCCACAGCGCUGUAUGAGGCCUGUAAGAAUGGUCAUGAGGACAUUGUAGAGUUCCUUCUAUCUCAAAAUGCAGACACCAACAAGCCGGGCAAAACAGGACUGAUGCCAAUCCAUAUUGCUGCCCAGCGUGGCAAUGAUGGCAAAGUCCUCGGGUGUACCUACAAAAAUUCCACGGAAACUAACAUUGUAGCCAUGCUGAUCCCAGCCACAAGUAAGGCCAGAGUGAGACGUGCCGGUAUCAGCCCUCUCCAUUUAGCUGCGGAGCGCAACAGAAAUGAUAUUCUCGAGGUACUGAUCGAGGCCGGCUUUGAUGUCAAUGCCACAUUGUCUGAGGAUCAUUCUAUGAUGUAUGAAGAUCGACGCAGCUCAGCUCUCUACUUCGCCGUCAUGAACAACAACAUUGAUGCUACCACCAUGCUCCUGGAGGCUGGUGCUAACCCAAACCUGGACACGUUCAACCCGCUCCUGGUGGCCCUGAGGCAGGGUUGCAUACAGACAGUGACUUUGCUGGUGCAACAUGGUGCCAAUGUCAAUGCCUACAUCCCAACUCACCCAACUACCUUUCCAGCUGCUGUUAUGUUCUGUUUGAAGUAUCUGACCUUACUGAAGUAUCUGAUGGAUAAUGGCUGUGAUGCCUUGUCAUGUUUCAGUUGUGUUUAUGGCAGCAAUCCUCAUCCUCCUAUAAAGACUAGGCGUAAUGUAAGAUAUGAUGUAGAUGAAACUACAGAAAAGACCUGUGUUCAGUUCUGUGAGGUGAUCUCCACCGAAACCUACUCCCGCUGGGCAGGGCCGAUUAUAGAUGUGCUGCUUGACUAUGUUGGGCAUGUGAAACUCUGUGCACGACUCACUGAACAUCUGGACAGUUAUCACGAGUGGCAAUGCAUCAAAGAGAAAUCAAUGCCUCCACGCCCACUCAUGCAGCUCUGCAGACUGAAAAUCCGCAAACUGCUUGGGAUCAAUAGACUGAAGAAAAUUUGCAAGCUUCCAGUUCCUCCAAGGUUGAUCAAAUUCCUAAAUCAUCAAGAACGAGAGCGAGAAUUUUAAGCCUGCUUUUGAAUGUUAUCUCUUAGUCAGUACAGAGAGAACAAUGACAUUAGAAAAUCAUAAACUUCUGUUUACAGAACUUGCACUGAGCUAAAUUUAUAGAAUAAAUGGCAUUU